AUGUCUUAAUAAAGAAGACCAAAUAGUUAACAGAAAAUGUAAUAGAACAUUGUAAAAAGUUGUAAAAUUUUAGACUUAAUCAAUCAACAAUUUGAAGACUUAAUUAUAAUAAUAGAGAUAAAAUAGAUGGUCAGAAUAAAAUAUGAAUAAAGAACUUUUUGAUUUUUUAACAUAAAUAAAUUUGCAGUAAUUUUAUGGAAAGAUAGCGUAGCACUGUGAUGGUAGUUUAUAAUAACUGAUUGAGAUGAAGUAAAUUAAUGAUUAUAAUAAUCAGAUCAACUAAAGAUAUAAAGGAUUUACCAUUUGGAUAUUAGAUUAAAUUAUAGGUAUAAAGACUUGAUUAAAAUUGAGAAAGCGAUUGAGAAGAUGUCUAAAGAAUUACCAAAUAAAAUAUUGAAAAUUGAAUAGAUAUUGUAAAAUGAACAAAAAGAAUGUUGUUGGAUUUGCUAUUAAUUGAUCUUUGAAAGUAUAGAUUGCUAUGGAAAGAAGGUAUGCUCUGAAAAAUGUAAAUAAAUGUAUUUGAAGGAAAUAUAAGUAAUGAAGUCUUUAUUAAAUUAAGAUAAAUUGUAAGAGAUGUGGAAAAGUGAAAACAAAAUAUGAUUCAAUUAAUUCAUUUGGAGAAUGGUAUUGUUAGUAGGAAUGCGUUUAUACUGAAGAGGAAUUAAUGUUUUUGUUAAUGAAAUCAAGUUAACUUAAGUAAUGA